AUGAGGAUCUCGAAGCUAGAAAUAUUGUUCUUCCUCAUCCUAAACGUGCUACUGCGGACCGUCACAGCAUCUUCACUUAUCGAAGAUUUCUAUGCUCUAUCUCGCACCCUUCUUUGGUCAGUAGUUUCGCGAACAGCAUCCAACCUCCCACCAAAGGCAGAUGGCAAUGGCCUUUGCGACAGUUACGCUAUCCAGGCAACGGAUUCUUGCCAAAGCAUUGCUCAUGCCUAUGAUAUUACUGUGGCCGAUAUCAAGUCUUGGAACAAGCAGACAUAUGGCUGGAAAGGCUGCGAUGGCAUCCAACAGGGCAAUUUCAUAUGCCUCAGUACAGGAUUCCCUCCAAUGCCGGUCGCACUUCCAGACGCCACUUGUGGUCCUCAAGUACCUGGAACAGCACGACCAAGCAAGUACGCUGCUCUGGCUUCUCUAAAUCCCUGUCCAUCGGGCAAAUGUUGCAUCUCAUCCGGUACAUGCUCGACUAUCUCAGAUGUCUGCUCUUCGAGCCAUUGCAUCUCGAAUUGUGGAACAAAAGUGACGAAUAAAACCACAAUGGAGAAAACUACAAAGACUACAAAAGACGGUGCAGAGACCAAGACCACAGCCAAAGUUGAAACCAUAAGUACAAAAGCAGAAUCGACAACAACCAAAGUGGAGACUACUUCAACUACAAAGGCUGCCGCAACUACAGCCGUAGACGCGCCCAACAAAUGGACACUCACAGCCUACACUGGCGAUGAUUGUGGCGACGAUUACGAUCUCAUUGAGUUACAUGGUGCAGAAGUUUCGGAAUGCUAUAAUGUCCGAGAUCUCGGCACUGAGGUUGAAGACACCGGCGCUUCUUGCAGGUAUUUCACCGACGGUGGGUUCAGUCAGACAAGCUGUGCCUCCAGCCCCACUGGUAUGGUCUUUUGGUCUUUUAUCGUGAUAGGCGGCACUUGCACUAUUUACAACGAGAAAGACCGUGAUGGUUCGAAGGGUACCAAUUUUGAGCUCAAGACGACCAGUGGUUGCAAGAAGGAAGAUAUGUACCACCCGAAUUGGGGCAUUGCGUGGGUCUCGUUGAAAUGUUCUACGAGCUAA